GGGCUCAGCAUGGACCAGUCCGUGGCAAUUCAGGAGACUCUGGCUAAGGGAGAAUACUGCAUCAUCAUAUCCUUCCUAGCAGUGCAAGGUGUGCUGUGUGAGGGAGACAGUCGGCAGAGCCGCCUACUGGGGCUCAUCCGCCACCGCCUGCAGCAUGGUGGCCAGGAACACGCCCUCUUCCUGUACACGCACCGGAGGAUGGCCAUUACCGGGGACGAUGUCACUUUGGACCAGAUCGUGCCAGUCUCUCGGGAUUUUUCACUGGAAGAAGUGUCCCCAGAUGGUGAACUCUACAUCCUUGGCUCAGAUGUGACUGUCCAGCUGGACACUGCAGAGCUCAGCCUUAUAUUCCAGCUACCCUUUGGCUCACAUACCAGGAUGUUCCUCCAGGAGGUCGCCAGAGCCUGUCCAGGUUUCGAUCCCGCGACUCCGAAUCCUGAGUUCCUGUGGCUGUCUCCAUACCGGGGGACAGAGCUGGAGCUGGAAUCUCAGGAGUCACCACCCACCACGCGGCGUUGGAACUCCGCCCCAGGUACCUGGCUGGGGUGAGCGAGAAUUGGUGGUGGUGGCUCUAAAUGUGAUGAUUCAAGGCCGAAUGGGAAAGGUCUGCAUGGAGAACAAGGCUCUUCAGGUCAGGACAAAGCAGACGGGUUCACAAGACAGAAUAAAUCCAAGUCUGAGAUUUCCGACAUGAUUCGUUCCUCCACUAUGACGGUAUCAGACAAGGCUCAUAUUUUAUCAGUGCAGAAGUUCGGACUUCGAGAUACAAUUGUGAAAUCACAACUGGUACAGAAAGAAGAGGAUUAUACCAAUAUUCAGAACUUCAGGUUCUUUGUGGGAACAUACAAUGUGAAUGGACAGUCUCCCAAGGAAUGCCUUCGUUCGUGGCUCAGCCACGGGGUUCAGGCUCCAGAUGUGUACUGUGUCGGGUUCCAGGAGCUUGAUCUGAGUAAAGAAGCCUUUUUCUUUCAUGAUACACCAAAGGAGGAAGAGUGGUUUAAAGCUGUAUCAGAUGGUCUUCAUCCAACUGCAAAGUAUGCAAAGGUGAAGCUCAUUCGAAUGGUUGGGAUCAUGUUGUUGUUAUAUGUCAAGCAAGAGCAUGCAGCACACAUCUCAGAAGUGGAAGCAGAGACUGUGGGGACAGGAAUCAUGGGCAGGAUGGGUAACAAAGGUGGUGUGGCGAUCAGGUUCCGCUUCCACAACACCAGCAUCUGCAUUGUGAACUCCCACCUGGCAGCCCACACGGAAGAGUACGAGCGGAGGAACCAAGACUACAAAGACAUUUGUUCCCGAAUGCAGUUUUGCCAGGCUGACCUAAGCCUGCCACCUCUCACCAUCAGCAAGCAUGAUGUGAUUCUGUGGCUGGGGGACCUCAACUACAGGAUAGAAGAGCUGGAAGUGGAAAAAGUGAAAAAGCUCAUCGAAGAGAAGGCCUUUCAAACCCUAUAUGCAUAUGAUCAGUUGAAAAAUCAAGUGGCUGCAAAGGCUGUCUUUGAAGGCUUCACGGAGGGCGAGCUCACAUUCCAGCCUACUUAUAAAUACGAUACUGGAUCUGAUGACUGGGAUACCAGUGAGAAGUGUCGUGCUCCUGCCUGGUGUGACCGAGUCCUCUGGAAAGGGAAGAACAUCACCCAGCUGAGUUACCAGAGCCACAUGGCCCUGAAGACCAGUGACCACAAGCCUGUCAGCUCAGUGUUUGACAUCGGGGUGAAGGUCGUGAAUGAAGAGCUUUACCGGAAGACUCUGGAGGAGAUUGUUCGCUCCCUUGAUAAGAUGGAAAAUGCCAACAUUCCUUCUGUGUCCCUCUCCAGGCGAGAGUUCUGUUUUCAGGACGUUAAGUACAUGCAGCUGCAAGUAGAAACCUUCACAAUUCAUAACGGACAAGUCCCCUGUCAGUUUGAAUUCAUCAAUAAACCUCAGGAGGACUCCUACUGUAAGCAGUGGUUGAAUGCCAAUCCCAGCAGAGGGUUCCUCCUGCCAGAUUCUCACAUUGAGAUUGAGUUGGAGCUAUAUGUAAAUAAGACCACGGCUACAAAACUCAACUCGGGUGAAGACAAAAUUGAGGACAUUCUGGUUUUGCACUUGGAGAGGGGAAAGGAUUACUUUUUGUCUGUGUCUGGGAACUACCUGCCCAGCUGUUUCGGGUCUCCCAUUCAUACAUUGUGCCACAUGAAGGAGCCGAUCUUGGACCUAUCGCUUGAAACUAUUAGAGAGCUGACCCUGAUGCCACUACAGACUGAAGAUGAUGGGACUCAGUUGGAGAAACCCAUGCAAAUCCCUAAAGAGCUCUGGAUAAUGGUUGAUUACCUGUAUCGAAACGCUGUCCAGCAGGAAGAUCUGUUUCAGCAGCCUGGCCUAAGGUCAGAAUUCGAACAUAUCAGGGACUGUUUGGAUACUGGAAUGAUUGAUAACCUCUCUGCAAACAAUCAUUCAGUAGCUGAGGCCUUGCUGCUGUUCCUUGAGAGCCUGCCAGAGCCUGUCAUCUGUUACAGCGCCUAUCAUAACUGCCUGGAGUGUUCUGGCAGCUAUUCGGCAAGUAAACAGGUCAUUUCCACUCUUCCUACAUUCCACAAAAAUGUCUUCAACUACUUGAUGGCGUUUUUGCAAGAACUGCUGAAAAAUUCAUCAAAGAAUCAUUUGGAUGAGAAUAUUCUAGCCAGCAUAUUUGGCAGCUUGCUGCUUCGAAAUCCAGCUGGUCAAAAAAAGCUUGAAAUCACAGAGAAGAAGAAGGCUCAAGAAUUUAUUCAUCAGUUCCUCUGUAACUCAUCAUGA